AUGGACAUGGUACGCCGAAUGGUGGCAGGAGGAUAUCGCUUGCAACGUCUCGUGGCGCGACGAGGCGUGGACUUGUACGAGAUUGUGGACGAUGACCCGGAGGACGACGAGCUGCCAGAAGAUGAACUGGAUGACGAGGAGAUGGAAGACGAGGACAUGGACGAGGAUGAGAUGGAGGAGGAUGCGAGUCUACCUGCAGGCGACACGGGCGACGGGAGAGCCAAUACCAUGAUGUCACCUAACAAUUCACGUCGAGCUUCUGAUGAUGACGUGGUGGAGGUGACACACUCCCCGAAAACCAGCACACACCAUGGUGUCGGCAGCUCGAAGGAGAUGCGAACCAGCCCUAACGCAAGAGCCGAUGAGUUGAAGUGUGCGCCGCAUUUUCACACGCCCUCUCCUGUCUCGACUCCUAUCGCUGGCAAUAAACCUACAUACUCCCAUCAUUCACCAAUGCUGCAAGAUGGUCAUGCCUAUCCCUCACACGUAGGCAAACCGCCUUCCUCGCAGAUCGCGCACGCGGAGUCCAACCAGAUGGCCGAACGAGGGCAGCGACGCGAGCAGGUGGAGCCUGGGGACCACGUGGCGGGGAAAGGUUCACAAUCGGGAGGCCGUGCUGCUGCUUCAGCUCAUGCGUUUGGUUCUACCCCAAGGGACCCACGUCUCUCUCCUCAGUUCUUGCAUGCAGGCCCAUCCCGGUCAACCCCCCCUGACAACCAUACGCCUUGCGGACUCGACCGCGUGCCGCGGGCUUCACCGGCUAGCGGCGAGGAAAGCCGCUAUCAUUUUCAGUCGUCGCCGAUGCAAGCGUCGUGCGGAAGAGGACCCUACAAAGAUGCACGGGAGUCAACACAUCGCAUCGCAGAGGAUGGACGGGAGCUCGAUGUCGCGAGCGAGCUUCAGCGCCUACUUGAUACUGUGCGCGCGAAGGCGACUGCAAGGGGGCUAGCGUUCAACGCGGGAGAGUCUCACCGGGGCACGGUGGAGGGAGGGGUCGAUUUAUUGGGUGCGCUAGGUGUUCUUAAGGCUAAAGUUGAGGCAGCAGGCAGUGCAAAAGAUACUCCCCACGGUGAUGCUGGGCAGGGAGCGCGUGGGCGUACGGCAGAGCGCGAAGGGCACCAGGAGAAGCCGGCAUCGAAAUCCCCACCACGUGAUGCGGAUGGUCCUGCGCCCCCCUCAUCGCCGCAGCCUUCAAGCAAGCCUAACCGCGGCUUUGUCAUCCGUGGUCCAUUGAACAAAGGGCUUUUCACCAAAAGGGCCAACCGCGGCACGGCCAAAGAGAACGGUCACCUGCAGGGGAGGCGCGGGCAAGAGACACCUGGUGGAGGGCGAACUCACCCGGCUCACGGGGGGCCCAGAGGGGAGCAUGGGGGUUCUCCGCCAAGGUCUCGGGUGGACGAUGACGUGGCAACGGGCGGAAAGCGCAAGCAGCUGGAGCGUCCACACUCUGUGAUAACUGUGGUUCUAGACUUUGAUCCAGAGGAGCCGAACACUGCCCGCACAAAGGGGUUUCCCCCAUGCGAUGACAUCACGGAGUACGCAGAGCACUCAUUGGAGCUUAUGACGCGAUCCUGUUCUGCGGAUGGGGUCACCUACUUUCCAAGCAACGCAGAGCGGAACGAGGGGCUGAGACUGGUUUUGAGGCGGUACUAUGAUGUCAGUUCCCUAGAUGUGCGCAUGUUCAUGAAAAAACGCGACUACAGCACGCAAGUCUGCAAGGUCUGGACGCGGUUUAAGAACGACAGCUCGUCAUUGUCUCGGCGAUACAUCCUGGUCGGGCUGCACGUCAAGCUAAAAGGGAAGGGGGUGUACAAGGUGUUCAUUGCCAUUGACUAUAAGAUCAAGCUGUGGAGGAAGUGGGGCCCUCGUGAGUAUGCGGUACCUUGGGUGACGUGGGGGGCUGGUAUAGCUCUGGGUCUGGAGCGCCACCUGUCAUCGGGCCUCUCAUGCUGGUCCCAUGCCGAGAAGGAUCGCAGGCCCUUCACCUCGGAUUUGUUCUUUGAGGCGUGCAUCCUGGCCUACCCUGAGUGGGUCCGGGAAGCUGGGCUGGUUCUGGUGCCAUACCAUAUCGCAUGGAUUUUGUUCUCCGUAAGAACUGUCGACUACGGGCUCUCUAAUCACAAGUCCACGGCCAUGACCUUCGACCAGGGUCCCCUUGCCACGGAGCAGGGAGUGCAGAAGACAGCGGCCUGCGUUUGGAACGCUGUGGCCAUGUGGUUGAAGGUGUCAAGGGGCCGGUGGUAUGACAAGAACGUGGGAGGCUUCCGUUGGGGGAAGCGGAAGUUGUGGGUGAAUGAGAGUGCGUUUGAGCAAUUUUUGCCGUCCUGUUUCCCCCCUGAGGCAGACCCUGUAGGCAAUGAUGAACCAUGGAUGGAGGGCUGA